AAAUUGUGGAACAGAUCUGAGACUUGCGUCAUCAAAAAAUGGCAUGCAUUAAGCUAAAAAAGCUCGAACAAUUUCUACAAACCGUUGACGACUUCUCGGCACCGAAUGUUCGUCUCGAACAGUACCAGACACCGUCGCAUAUCGCGAGCCAGGCUCUGUACGCGAUUCAAACGCAGUAUGCGGAUUUGGAAGGCCGGAUGGUGCUGGAUUUAGGAUGCGGUCCGGGUAUGCUGAGCAUCGGUUCUGCCCUGCUCGGUGCGGACUAUGUUCUUGGGGUGGAGAUCGAUCCGAAUGCUGCUGAGGAUUUUCGGAACAACUACGAUGAGUUCGAUCUGCAAAACGUCGAAUGUUUGCAGGCGAAUGUAUUACAGCUGCCCGUACUUUGGCAUGAGAAACCAUUGUUCGAUACGGUACUGCUCAACCCACCGUUCGGUACGAAGCAAAAUAGUGGUAUCGAUGUUGCCUUUCUGAAGGUUGCCAUUACGCUGUCCCGCGGUGCUGUUUACGCCAUGCAUAAAUCGGCCACAAGAGAGCACAUCCAAAAGAAGGCACGGGAAUGGAAGGUUCGAUCCAACCUAAUCGCGGAAUUACGAUACAAUUUAGCACAGACGUACAAAUUUCACAAACGGUCGAGCGUGGAUUUGGCAGUGGAUUUGUGGCGCAUUGAAAAGGAAUGA